AAAAUAAAAAGAGGAAACAGUUGGAUGGGACCUUUGAAAUCACAUGACUGGUGACUAAGUUAAGUCUUUCCUCCUUACCGAGGAGUCCGAUGAUCUUCCUUGCUUAAAGUGUCGGAUGUGUGUACUCAUGUUGCCGUUUAUUCUCUUUUCUACGCUGCUUUCUCCCGCGUUUGCUGAACCUGAGGAGAUACAGUGGAUCUGCAACUCCUCCGACGCAACCUUUUCCUACAGUUACUGUGAUGACAUGAAAUUCCCUUUUUCAGUUAGUGCUGAACCCUGUAUAACACUGAAGGGUACCAGUGGAUUUUUGCAUAUCAAGUUCAUUCCGAGGAGAGACUUAAAAAAGUUAUAUUUCAACCUCUCCAUCAAAGUCAACUCUUUUGAGGUGCCAAACCGCAAGGAAGUUAUUUGCCAUGGAUAUGAUGAUGAUUACUCUUUCUGCAGAGCUCUGAAGGGGGAGACUGUGAGUACAACAGUACCAUUUUCCUUUAAGGGAAUACUAUUUCCUAAGGGCCAAUACAGAUGUAUUGCAGAAGCCAUUGUAGGGGAUAAUGAAGAAAGACUAUUCUGCUUGAAUUUUACCAUCAUUCACCGCUAUAACGUCAAUUAGAAUAAAUGAAGAAUAUGUAUUUUUUUUUAUUUUUCAAAA